AUGGAAAUGGUCAAUAGUUUCAGCUUCAAAAUGGAUUAUAGGGGUGGUAGUGGACUCGAAAGCCAAAGGAAGCUGAACGAUUUGGUUUUGUCACUGUCCUGCAGAAAGAACCUUGAGGAAAGAAUUCUGGGACGGCUUAACCAUGAAAAUAUUGGUUUUCAUGGUAAAACUUAUACUUGGUGUAACAAUAGAGGUGGAAAAGCAAACGUCAAAGAACGUUUGGAUAGAGGGAUAGUUAGCUCAGACUGGAGAACUUCCUUUGAUCAAGCCAGAAUGGUUCAUCUCUCAAAUGCUUGCUCGAAUCAUAUCCCGAUUCUGCUUAGUCAAGAGCCAAUUUCAGAAAGCUUGAAUGAAGAAAAGCUUAUGCAGUGGGAAUUGAAUAAGUGGAGUAAGAGAGCGGAAAUCCUUUGGAAACAGAAAUCUAGGGAACUGUGGCUCGUUGCAGGGAACAGAAAUUCAAAGUUCUUCCAUGCUUUGACGAUGGCCAAUAGAAGAACGAUAUUCAUUCCAUCUUUGAAAGAUAGCAGAGGAGUGUGGAGGGAGUCUAGAGAAGAAAUCAAUUCCUUGCUGAUAGAAGAAUUCACCAAUCUUUACAAAGCAGACCAGAUCAGAAGGAGUGAAAGGUUAGGCGAGUUCAUUCUCUGCUGCAUCUUAAGAAAACAAAAUACUGCUGUAGAGGCCAUUCCAUCUGAUCGAGAAAUCUGGACAGUGGUGAAAAAUAUGAAUCAAACUAAAGCACAAGGACCGGAUGGCAUGCCUGCAUUAUUCUUUCAAAAGUAUUGA